CAUUCAUUCAGCACAGUUUGAGAGCAGUUUGUUCAGGCGGUAUUAGAUAUUUGAAAUACCCAUUUUUGCAAAAUGCGGAGAAGAAACGAAGCUCCAGCACCAAGCAGUGAGCCUGUCAAUACGGAUAGAAAGGAUGCAGGUCAAGGACUGCACAGGAAAGCAGAAGUGAAAAGCACACUCUCUUACAGCACUGUACUCCUGAACAUUGGAAAGUGUUUGCUUUUAAUCAUCAUCAUCCCUCCAUUCCUCAACUAUGCAUCACUGCAGAGAGAAGGACAGAUGCUCUUGCCCAAAGAUGGCCAGAUUGUUGAUGUUGGCUUGGGUCAAAAGAUGCAUCUUUUGUGUAAAGGGCAAGGAAAACCAGUUGUUAUAUUAGAUGCACCAACGGGAACAUCUUCAGACAUUUGGAUACAUGUCCAAGAGAGUGUUGCUACAAUAACUAAGGUUUGCACAUAUGACAGAAUGGGACUGGGCUUCAGCAAGCGGAUGAUGCAGAAUGAAAGCACAGGAACUGAGAAAGUUUGGGGGAUGUCAACGACUGGACGGAUGGUGGACGAUCUGCACCGACUCCUGCAGGCUGCCGGGAUAGCCAAGCCCUUCAUCCUGGUCGGCUCUGAGCUCGGCGCGCUCAACAGCAGGUUCUACAGCCACAUUCACGACGUGCAAGUGUCGGACCUCGUGCUGAUUGAUCCCAUCCCAGAGGACAUUUUUGAGGAGGACCAGUGGAAGGAAUACUGGUAUGGGAAGAUGUUGCCGUCGCUUCAGGCCAAGCAGUUCUCUGCAGCUACCGGGCUGAGCCGCAUGCUCAUCAUCAUGGGGGCCAUUGAACCAACUAUCAAAGGCGAAAAUGUCUCAGAGGAGGUCAUCCAGCGCCAGAAAUACCUACUCAGUAACCCUGCCCACCAGAGUAGUGCUGUGGAUGAGCAUUACUUUCUGAAUGAAAGUGCAUCUCAAGUAAGGGACAUCACGAAAUUUAAGCCCCUCUCCAGCCGGACAUCAGUGAGCGUGAUCACCGGGGAUUCCUUUGACCAGGAAAUACCAGAUCACCUAAACCAAAUGGUAUCUAAGCUUCAAAAGAAGUUUCUAGAGGAGUCCUACCCGUCAGCCAAUCACAUUCACAUAAAAGGAGCAGACCGGCGAAUGAUCUACAAGAAGCCAUCUGCCAUCAGCCAGCACCUGAGAAAGCUAGUCAACCAACGGCAAACCAAACAGCUGAGAGAGUGACACAUGGCUAAAAUGUAACUACACAGCAGACCUGGGCUGAGCGAUAGUUGAAUAUGUUUUAAAUAUUCAAUAAAAUAUUCCACUUAUCUUGUUUAGCAUUUCCUGCAGCAAUAUGUAGAGAUUGUCUCCAAGUCUGGUGAGGUUCAUCAUGGAGUCAAUUUUUGAACAUAUUUUUGCACGGCUCUGCUGCAUCAGAAGCUUUUUAAUUGAAGAUAACUGGAGGGUGUUCAGUGUGAUGAAAUAUUUGCUUUGUCUUAAGAUUCAGAAAAUCUUAUCUUCCACGUCGUUAUUUCAGUCUCUUUACCUGGUUGGCCAGUGCCAAAAAUUAAUACAUUACUUCUUAUCAGUGUAAAGGCCACACACGUCACUGCUCAACCUGAUAUUUUUUUUAUCUUGUGGAGCUCUGUCUUAAUAUUCUGCAAUGUUAUAGCCAUAGGGAAAGGUACAGUACAUUGGGUUCCUCUGUCUCUGUUACAUCAGCCUCAGCCAUUUAUUACUUGAAUAUAAUUGAGUUGCACCACAAAGAGACAUAGACCUCUACAUUUUGUUUAGUUUUCAUUUUAUAAAUUGCACACAGAUGAGUCUUCAUAAUUUUUAUGAAUGAAUUUGUGUACUUUUGUGUGUAUUUUGAACCAUCAUUUUCUUAUGUGUGGCAAAUGUGAGUUGCUUUUAUACAGUAAAUGUGAAAGAAAUACCAGACAGCAAUAGUUUAUCCUGAGGAUUUAAGUUUAAUUAUGACACCACAUCAAAAUAAAAAUUUCCAACAGAUCUGGAAUUUAAUUCCAUCCAUAUACAUGCAUAGCAACAACGUUUUAAGAAAUAUUUUCUCCCAUAAUCAGGACAUUGGAAUGAUAAUUUUACAUCAGUUUCCCCACUGACCUCCCACCCAUCUUGUUCAUCAGCAAUAAACUUAAUUCUUGUACAACUUCUUUUUUUCCCAAAGGGGUUACAAAUAAUUAUAUGCACAGUCCCCAUUUCAUAAUACUGCUUUCAGUAAUGUUCCCUCAUUUACAAAGUAUUGCAUUGAGAGCAAAUUUCAAAAAGGGAGAACAAAGUGUAUCAUCAAACAGAAAUACGAGUACUAUACAAGAAUGCUGCCAUCCUCAUGAAAACAUCCACAUCUGAGUUGAAGAAAAGAGACAGGGACAAACAGCCACAUAUGUAUGCAAAGCCAUGUGUAUAUGCCAAAAUGUGAGAUGCAGGGUUGUGCCUGGUUAUCACCGUCAAAUGGUGAUUUUUAAGGCUAACAAGUCAUUAGUAGCAAUCUGCAACCUACAUUGUGGGCAUAUACAGAAACUGGUACAGCAAAUAAGAAUACACAAGUGCCUCAGUAGCUAUUUUUGUGUCUAAAAUGCAUCUCAUUUUUGUAUUGUCUAUUGUUUCAUUGAGCCUACAUUACAGUGUAAACAAUAUGUGUGCUACACAAGAAUGACUAUACAAUAACAUUACAAACAACUCUGAUAUAAAUUUCAUUUGAAUUUAAAUUAAGAUCACUACUCCUAUUAAUACUGAUUGUAAAAUAAAUUAAUGUG